UAAAGAUGGGUUUAUCUAUCUGCAUUUAUCUGUCAGGACUCUUACUAUCCUGUUCCGGGCUCCAUGUUUUAGGUCCUACUGAUCCUCUGACUGUAAGGUUGGGGGGUUCACUGAUGCUACCCUGUUCUACUGAAACCCUCAUACCCCUGGAGGAGCUGGAGGUGGAGUGGAUGAGAACUGACUCUGAAUCUUUAGUGCAUUUAUUCCAAGAUGGAGAAAUUCGACCAGAGUCUCAGAACCAGGCUUACAGUGGAAGAGCCAGUUUCUUUACUGAGGAGAUCAAGCACGGAAACUUCUCCCUCCUGCUCACAAAUAUAACCACUGAAGAUGCAGGAGUUUACAACUGUUCUGUUCACAGACAAGAUGAAUCUGCUCAAACUUCAGUUCAAAUAAAGGAGAUCGAGCGUUUGACUGUGACUGGAGGUCAUGUAAUAUCUGCAAAAGCCGAUGAGGCCGUCACUCUGAACUGCUCUGUAGACUCCCAUAUCCCACCUGAAGAGAUGGAAGAAGUCUCAUGGAAGAAAGUGGAUCAAGAUAUUCUGGUGCUGAUGUUCCAAGAUGGUGAGGUUAAGACAGAAUCCGUCCAUGGGAGCUACAUGGGCAGAGUCGAGUUCUUCAGCCUUGAUGAAAUCAGCAAAGGGAAUUUCUCACUUAGAUUAAAGGAUCUCCGCACUGAAGACAAAGGCCUGUAUAUGUGUGAAGUUCUCUCUGGGGAGUUUUCAGCAAACGCAACCGUGGAAGUUCAGCAGCUUGGAUUUUCCAGUAUGCAUAUUGGGGUUUUGUUUCUCUGCAUUCUGGCUUUUGUAUUUCCAGUCUUUCUAAGCUAUCAUGCUCGCACAUAUUUAAUAAAGAAAGACUACGGAAGAACUGCCCUGUCUGUACAGUUUGUGUUUGUCAUUUCUCCGAACGUUGCUAUGUUUCUUGCUUUCAUCCUCUGGGGUGUAAUCGAGGGGUUCUUCAGAGAGGCUGCUACUUGCUCAGCCCUUAGUCUGCUAAGGAUUGUUUUCCUGUUUUGGACUGCUCCAUAUUUGAAUACAUUUCAAGAUAAUAUCUGUAGAUUCAUUAAACGUUCAGCAGUUACAUUGGAAAAUGCUGUGAUAAACACUGUUGCUUAUUCAGGUAAGUACAUAAAAUCUUAAUUGACAUUGUGCGAUUCAUUUAAUAUUUAAAGUGUUUUAAAGUGAACAAUAUACGGUAACAUGAAAAAGUAUUUGCCCCCUUACAGAUUUCUUUUGGUUUUGCAUUUUUAUCAGAUUUUCAGAUUAUCUAAGCUUUAAUAUCAUCCAAGUAUAACUUGAGAAAUAUAAAAAAAUACUUUUUAAAUGAUGAUUUCAUUUAUUCAGUUUCACUA